UUCACAUUAGAUUUCUGGUCGACUUUAAUCGUUUUCAAUGAAGCCCAUGGAUAGAUGUCAGUAUAUUUUGAGCAAAAAUGCCACUCAUGCGCAGCUCGAGMCUCUUAAAAAAUUGUCUUUAGCGCAUGCGUCUUGCGUCGUUUGUUACGUCAUUCACUUUGUUACUUCAUUUCACUGUUUGCAUUAGCAAGGUAGGUUUUUUUUGUAGGGUUAUUUUGUAUUGUUGUUGSUGCGAUGUCAUGGAAAUGUAGUGUGAAUUAUAUAAUGUUCACUUUUUUUUGGUAGGAACCAGAAGUACUGAUGUCAAAUCACGAGAACAGCUCCAAUGACAUACUGUACAGGGCUCUUUACGAUGGAGAAGAAUAUUUACCCUGGAGYUCUYUGCAAUCAAGCAACACUCGAAMCCAACGCGAAUCUGCUAGCUUAUUUCUAAAUGGCAUUCCAUCCUGGGGCAAUAGACCACCGAUGCAAAAUUCGCAAUUUCCUGGAAAUAACCUUGGUGGAUCCUCGCGAAACUCCGAUGRACAGUCUCCARGGGAAUUUGACAUGUGGUCCAGUAGGUCGUUAAAGGAUCGUAACAUAAAGCUUCAAUGGGAGGCGCGUGCUGAAGAGCUUGGAAUAUCGACAAGUAGUGUACUARCUAUGCAGGAGAUGAAUAAACCUGACACUGUGUUYAGCGAAUUUCACAAUGGAGAGAAAGAUGCCAUGUGUUAUCCAAAGUGGAACAUUGAAAAGAGCACAUCUCCACARAAUACUCACGUUGGAAACAGUCAUCCUUCCACKCAGUGCGAACAAAGAGUAAAURGUACGAGUUCAUCUUCAUAUGGGAACUCCAAUCUUUGGGAAUAUCAUUCCUUAUAUAAUAACUUGCAUGAUUCUCAGCAACUCAACARUAAACCACACAYUGAUAGCCCUCUAAGCGAUCGGGUUGACGAGUUUUUUACGACGAUUCCCGAAGAAAGGCGAUUUGUCCACGUGACAGGAAGUCCAGCAUGCAACACGAGGACAAAAGACAAUGGAUGUGCGGCUGCUCAUUCCUGUGAUGUCAGCAUUGCUAUAGAAACUAGCGAAGAAGAAGAAGAAGACAGUUCCGGCACGAUUGACGAUGAAAAAGAAGAGGAGAGUUCUGUUGAAUUGAACAAUGAAGUAACACACUGCAGCAACCAUAAUGACGAUUUAGAACAAGCACAACCUACYGAACUGUUAACRAAAACACAAGAAACAGUUGACRAACCAGAAAAACUCAUCGAAAUACCAGAAGUAAUUAAUUCUCAUGCAAAACAGACCAAGAAGCGUAAGCGAGUCGCAGAAAACCAUCAGGUGGGWCAGCAGAUGGAUAGCUUGAGAUCAGGRAAAAGAAAACAUGCGCGUACCAAGUGAAGAACUCUUUUCUGCAUACAUUAUGACGUUUCAAGGUUCUGAUCGUAUUAACUUGAGAAAUGAAUUAUCGUCGUCCAUUUAAAAGAUGAUUUACUGUAAAAUCUAAACAUUCAGUUCAAUCUAAAAAUAAAAUUUGUAUAAAGCAUGCUAAA